CAGAGCAUUAACUGUCAUCAACUAAACCAAACUAAACCCCAAACUUGAAGCAACAUGCAACUAUUUACACGUGUGCUAUUGUUGAGCGCAUUGGCAUUGGGCCUAAGUGUGGCCAGCGAAGUGGUCGAUAAGCAAAGUCUCUUGCGCAUGGUAUUUUCCCAAAUGCGCUUCGAUGAGCGCGCGUUGUCACCCGCGGAACAAACUUGCAUUAACUUGUACAACAAUGCCACCAACCACUUGGGUGAACAGCUUGCCAACAGCACCAGCAACUGUGAGGACGCUGCCAAUCGCACCACCGUGAACAACUAUCGGGCUAGCAACUCCUCCGUCAACGAUGUGCGCAACAAGCAGCUGCAGCUCAUCAAGGCGCUCCAAACUUGCCAGAAUAUGACAGACAAUAAAAUGUAUCUAAACUGCACAACUGCCAAUUUCGAUAGCAAUUUGUAUCUGCUGGAUAGCGCCAACAUUUUGGCCUAUGAGACGGAAUCGCAAUAUGCCGCCAAUAUGACCGUUGUGGAUGCUGUGCGCAGCUCCUGCAUUAGCUCCGCUGUCAGCCAUUCAAAGACCCAGUCCAUACAGGCUGCCAAUGACUAUGAUGCCUGCAUUGAGAAGACCAAGCAGCAGCGUGAUCUGCUCGCAGCACAGCCUAAGCCAGCGGAGCAUGAGCAGAAGCCAGAGAAGCCAGUGAAGCAGGAAGAGUCCAAGGAGCCGCAGCCUGCUAAGAAGCCGGAGCUUGAAGUGGCUGUGCCAGCCAAGGUCUAAGCCAAUCGACGUGGAAUAACAAUAAACUAUACAGCUUUCAUUUCAAACUUAA